CUCCCAUACAUAGAUGCCGCCACUCACCACGGCGGCAGUCGUUCUUUUCCUUGUGAUGGACACAAUCCGGACUACCAAGGCGACUUCCAUGAAGGCACCUGUCGUAGGCAAAGUGAAUGGCACUCGAGUCCCUAGACUCGUAACAGUCCCCACCCUCACCACGGACUGCGAGGACGUGCUGUUCCCGCCCCGAAUAAACAAGAACAAGCAGUCCACGCAGUUUGCUCUCAUGUGUGUGUGGAUGCCCGACGGAUCAUGCAUUGCCGCGAUGGACCAAUACUACCAACCACUCGGAACCCGAUUACCCACGAACGGGACAUUCCCCUCCUGUACCUUCGACGGGUCCCUCGUCAAUCUCACGUCCGUGUACGUGCUCGAGUCGCUUCCCACGGGCACGUCCGUCAUUUCCAUGACAAAUCUCGGCAUUCAGCGCCUCGGGAAUGAGUUGGACAUCGACCUAUUCGACGAGGACAAGAUGCAGCUUCCAGUGCUUGAACUCGUCCUCAGCAGCAACAACAUUUCGUCCAUCGACAACGUCACGUUUCCCAACCAGCUAGUGAAUUUGAGCUUAUCGAGCAACUUCAUUGGCAACAGUGCCGUGCACUUGAACGAGUCGGAGUCGCUGAAGACGUUGAACUUGAGCUACAACCGCAUCUCCCGCCUCGCCAACAUGACCCUGCCAUCUACCCUUGAAAUAUUGAACAUGUCUGGCAAUGCCCUGAAGGACGACCUGGUGUUCCCGCCCACUCCGUCGCUCGAAGUAUUAGACAUCUCAUCCAACUCCAUCAACACCAUUGCCGACGUCAAGUGGCCGUCCACUAUGACCACCCUGUACCUCGACGGCAACAACAUUUCCCACCUCUACCUCCGGUUCAAUUCGACCCUGCGCUACUUAUGCGUGGGUCGCAAUCCUCUGGCCAAAAUCACCGCCACCCAAAAGAUGCUCGACCGGUUCCAGCACCAUGCGCACCUGAACGACGCCGCCAUGUGCCCUUACGCCAACACAACGUACCCGGCUCUGUCGUGCACGUCUCGGUUGCCGUGCAACUACUCCCUGGGGGGUCUUCCCGUCUCUAUCGUGCGCGAUUCGGCGGCGGACGAAGCGCUGUUCCUGGCGACCCCGGAGGACGACCGCCUCCCGACGCUGUACAUAUCGCUGGUCGUGUUUGGCGCGGCGGUGGCCAUCGUGUUGGCGUCCGUGUGGAUGGAGCUCAAGCGCCGGGAGAGGCGGCGGAGAGAUGACUUGGACUGGCAGAGCAACGGCUCCCCCGACAACCGACCCACGCUGGCCGACAGUGCCGAACUGCUCAACGAUAUCCGGUUCGAUCCGACUUAUAAAGCGUACUGCAUUCCGUCGGCGGCGGUGACCCGCGACCGACUGAUCGCCCGCGGGGGGUAUGGCGUCGUGUACUUGGGGUCUUGGCGGGCGGGCAAAGGCAGUGCGGCGGUCCCCGUGGCCAUGAAGCGGCUGCUGCCGGACCGCCUCGCGCAUAUCCACAAUAUCGAAGACUUUAUGGAUGAAAUCCGACUCAACAGUCGGCUCAGCCACCCGAACAUCGUCACGUUCUACGGGUACACGUGGACGAGUCUGCACAACUUGUCCAUGGUGUCCGAGUUCAUGGGGCGCGGCGAUCUAUGGACGCUGCUGGAGCAAGGCAAGCAGCAGCAGGCGGAUCUGCCGUGGAACAUUUCGCCCGCCUUUCGCCUGAAUUGGAGCGUCGAGUCGACCCCGAAACCCCCUCCAGUGUUGCCGACGGAAACCAAGUCGGAAGGGCUCGUGGACUCGACGUGCGAAGUGUCCAAGGAGCGGCUGCUGCGGGACGUGGUGCAGGCGCUGGUGUACCUGCACAGCCAGGACAUCAUCCACCGAGACUUGAAGGCCAAGAACGUCAUGCUGGGUGUGUCCAACGAAGCCAAGCUGACCGACUUUGGAACGUCCAGGGAGUGCUUGACCAGUGUCACGAUGACGGCUGAGAUCGGGACGGUGGCGUGGAUCGCGCCAGAGAUCCUCAAGGGCGUGCGGUACUCGGCCAAGGCAGACAUGUACUCGCUGGGCGUGGUCUUGUCAGAGAUGGACACGCUGCAAGUGCCCUACUCCAACUCCAACCAACCCGUGUACGGCUCGCCCAAAGCGCUCGACGUGGCCAAGACGCGCAUCGCGCUGCUGGUCGUGUCGGGGGACCUCAAGCCCGAAUUUACCCCCACGUGUCCGCCAUGCAUCUUUGUUAUCGCGCAGAGGUGCCUCGCGUACAACCCCGACGACCGACCCACUGCCGCUGAAGUCCUCAGCUGGCUCAACCAGCUCCGCCUCCCCGUCAUGUCGUAGCACGAUUAAACGUUGUCGCAUAUUUAUUAACGUCACUACUCGUUAUGAUUGUUCAUUUGAUUCACGUCCCCUUCGUGUCUUGUUCGAGUUGGAAGAAUGGAUGCAGCGUCAGCUCCUCGGCCGUCGCUCGAUCUCGCGGGUUCAUCUGUCGGAAUCGGUUAAGUACAUAUUACAGACAGGAAGUUAUAUACCUCAAAGCAAUGGACACAAAAUGCCCGAAAUGCAGGGGAUACCGAGUCUGGGAUGGGGGGGGGUGCCGGGGCGGCGGCGGGGGGGGGAUUCACAAAGGCCGUACCAAAGAGCAUCUAUAGGAAAUGGACCGUUGGAGUUAGGUAGUACGUACUGUAGAGGUAGGUAGGUAGGUAUAGGUAGUAGGUA